UAUAUAGCUAAGUUAAGGAUAAAUAAGAACACACCAGCCAGCACCAGUUGUCUUACAGUUGUCACUAAAAAUUGACGCAGAAAUGAUGCUCUUCGUUGCUGUUGUUUGCGCUAUUGCUGUUUUAACAGACGCCCAAUCAUGUGGACGUCCUUUUUUUUACUCCGGUCGUGUGAUUGGUGGAACGACUGCAAGAAAGGGUAGUUGGCCAUGGCAAAUUUUAUUACUUACAAAUGGCAGACCAGGUUGUGGGGGAUCCAUUAUUCAUCCAAACUGGGUGUUAACAGCAUCCCAUUGUAUCCAAGAUCCACGAUCAGGCAGGAAUAUAUCGCCUUACUCUCUCACAGUGCGAGUUGGAGAACAUGACACCCGUCGAAGGGAGGGGACCGAGCAAGAUAUCAGGGUCAGCCAAGUUUUUGCACACCCGAGAUUUCAAUUUCGCACCAUGAUGAGUGAUGUAGCCUUGCUUAAAUUGUCAAGGCCAAUAUCAUUUAACCAAUAUGUUCAACCCGUCUGUAUGCCAACUGGACCAGCUAGAGUUGGUGAUUCAUGUUACAUAACAGGUUGGGGACGAAUCAAUCGUUAUACACAAAAUAUGCAUACCGUAUUACAACAGGCAAAAAUGCCAGUUGUGGACACACAGAAGUGCGCUUAUCAUAUGAGGAGAGUCGCUCAGUUCCCAAUCGGAGCACAUAACGUUUGUUCUGGAUAUGGAAACACUCGAAUCAGUGGUUGUCAAGGUGAUAGUGGUGGUCCUUUUGUUUGUCAAUCAGGCGGUAAAUGGUAUUUGCAUGGUGCUGUUAGUUGGGGCUCAAAGGAUUGCAGCAGUCGAAGAAACGAGUACACAGUAUACGCCAAUGUUUACAAUUUAAAGAGUUGGAUCGAAAGUACAAUGCGAUAUUAAUUCUCAUUCUAAACAAAGAAAAAUUCCUUACA